CUUGCUCAUUUCAGGGUAUGCAAUCGAAAUAUGCCUUGGCGAUCGUGUCACUGUGGAGCACAAUUCCGUGCUGACUUCUCCACUGUGGAGUUUGCUUCACUGCGGUUUAAACAGCUGCCCUGUCCCAUCAUGAAGAUUUCAACUGUCCUCAACCAUCUAUAUCAACUCAAAUAUAGCUGAAGAGUAAACAUGAGUCUUCUGGAAGCAAGUACAUCUGACGUCGAGUCAGCAUCGUCCACCCCGCCGGAAGUGCAGCCGCUGCUGCAUCCCGAGACAGCAGUUCCUUGGAAGCCACCACCAGGCUUCGUCUGGAUCCAGCUAGCCAUCAUGUCCAAUGUUUUCCUGUCUGGAUUUGAUGGUACGAUUACUGCGUCGACUUAUGCCAUCAUCAGCUCCGAUUUCAACGCCGCCAACACUGCGUCGUGGCUCACGACUUCGUACCUCAUCACCAGCACCGCCUUCCAGCCAUUAUACGGGCGUUUUUCAGAUAUCUUCGGUCGGCGGGCUUCGUUCUUCACCGCCACUGUCACUUUCAUAAUCGGCUGUCUGGGGUGCGGGAUUGCGACGAAUGUGGUUUUCUUGAACCUCAUGAGAGCACUUACUGGCAUCGGGGGAGGGGGCUUGAUGACCAUGGCCACUAUUAUCAACUCAGAUCUCAUCCCCUUUCGUCGCCGAGGUAUGUAUCAGGCGGUUCAGAAUGUGUUGCAUGGCUUCGGGUCGAUCUGUGGUGCAUCUCUAGGAGGCUUCAUCGUGGACUCGAUUGGUUGGCGAUGGUGCUUUUUGUCGCAGGUACCGGUAGGCUUCUUAGCAUUGCUCACAGGCCACCUUGUUCUUAUUAUGCCUGCUCAGGGGAAAUACCUUGAGCAAGGACAUGACUUUCGAGCCGUGUGGCGACUCCUUGACAUUUCUGGAGCAUUAGCUCUUAUACUGGGCCUGUCGACCCAGCUGGUAGGUCUGAGUCUGGGCGGUAAUGAGCUUCCUUGGUCCAACGGGUGGGUUAUUAUGUCUUUGCUGGCGAGUUUGGUGUUCCUCGCCAUGUUCGUUCAUAUAGAAAGAAGUACAACUGCGGUUCCCCUGAUCCCACCGCACAUGUUGGCAGGGCUGCUUCCUGUGGCCACUCAGAUUGCGAACGUUUGCGUCGGAAUGGCCGCCUACGCUUUCCUCUUCACGCUACCUCUUUUCUUCCAGGUCGUGCUUAUGGAGUCACCCGCAAAGGCUGGCGCGAGACUCGCCAUUCCAUCUUUUGCUACCCCGAUUGGCGGAAUUAUCUCCGGCAUUGUGAUGUCUCGUUGGGGCAAGCUGGCCUACUUGGUUCGGGCUGGUUCAUCGCUCAUGUGCAUUGGCAAUGCACUGGUUGCGCUGCUACAUUUCCAAGACUCGGAAUGGAAAUACUUCACAUACCUAAUUCCCGCAAGCCUCGGACAGGGUAUUGUCUACCCAGGCGUCUUGUUCACAUUUCUCGCUGCUUUUGAGCAUGCAGACCAUGCCGUGUCGGCUUCCACUGUAUAUUUGGUCCGUUCAAUGGGCACCGUUUGGGGGGUCGCCAUCACGUCCACGAUUAUUCAGAAUACACUGCGCUCGGGCCUCGGGGAGGCCUUGAGUGGAAUACCAGACAAAUGGAAAAUCGUCGAGGAAAUUCGUCACUCGGUCUCCGCAAUUCACAACUUACCACCGGAUGUUCAAUUAGCUGCACGGUUAGUCUAUUACCAGGGCAUCCGACUGUCCUUCGUGGCAUCAGCCUGUUUUGGACUCGUGGCAACCGUCGCUGCGCUGUUUACUAAAGGAAAAGGCCUACAUCGCUCGCACAAUGCGUAG